UGAGGCUGACUGGUUCUAAGUUGGGAUGUGGCGAGGGUGGAUGCGGGGCUUGCACUGUCAUGCUCUCUCGCUACGACCGCACGAAGGACCGCAUCGAACAUUACAGCGUCAACGCCUGCCUGACGCCCGUCUGCGCCGUACACGGCAUGGCCGUUACCACGGUCGAGGGAAUCGGUAGCACCAAGACCCGUCUGCACCCGGUGCAGGAGAGGAUUGCUAAGGCGCAUGGUUCUCAGUGCGGAUUUUGCACGCCCGGGAUUGUCAUGUCUAUGUACGCUCUGCUAAGGAGUAACCCGCGACCGGCCAUGUUUGACCUCGAAAACACAUUUCAAGGGAACCUAUGUCGCUGCACGGGAUACCGACCGAUAUUGGAGGGCUACCGUUCAUUCACGACUACUGACACACAGCUAAGCGGAUGCUGCGUUGCCACGGAGACAGGGGGAAAAUGCUGCAUGCAGGCGAGCGAAGAUGCCCAGCAGACGGAUGCAGAUGACGAACUCGGAUUACAGACGCCGAAUAGUUGUGAAAACGGAUGUGACGGACCGCGCACUAAUGUGGGAUCAGCGGUAAACAAAUGCGACACUGAUGUCGCUGAAGGUCAAGCAAAUCCUCGGAAACAACCGGAUGCUCGGCUGUUUUCAAUGUCGGACUUUAAGCCGUAUGAUCCGACGCAGGAACCAAUAUUCCCAGCAGAGUUGCAGCUCUCGGAUGACCUCGACAAAGAGUUAUUGAUGUUUAAAGGAGACCAGGUCACGUGGUACAGACCUGUUUGUCUGCAACAGCUUCUCCAAUUAAAGCAUGAACAUCCAGAUGGAAAAAUAGUCGUCGGAAACACGGAAGUCGGUGUCGAGACGAAGUUUAAAGGUUGUGUAUACCCGGUGCUCAUAUCGGCUGCUUACGUUGCGGAGCUGACGGCAGUACGGCACACCGAUGACGGCAUCGUGUUUGGUGCAUCCACGACGCUGACCCGCGUGAAGGAGGAGCUAGCUACGGCGUCGGAUAACUUACCCGCUUACAAAACCAGAGUGUUUAGGGCUGUUCUUGAGAUGCUACACCAGUUCGCGGGAUGCCAGAUUAGGAACGUAGGGUGCAUUGGUGGCAACAUCAUGACAGCAAGUCCUAUCUCAGAUCUAAACCAGGUGUGGCAAGCUGCAGACUGCUACGUAGAAGUCACAUCACUGCAAGGAGGAAAACGUCGAAUUGAGGUUGAUGAUAAGUUUUUCCCCGGAUACAGAAGAACGGCUCUGGAGAAGCAUGAGAUACUUCUGUCCAUCUUAGUACCAUAUACUAAGCAGAAUGAAUAUUUCCAUGCAUUCAAACAAGCGAAGAGACGAGAUGACGACAUCGCAAUCGUCAACGCUGCAAUGCGCGUAGAAUUCCAACAAGCAAGUUCUAUCAUCAAGGAUAUAGCUCUAAGCUUCGGAGGCAUGGCUCCGACCACUGUGAUGCCAUCUAAAGCAGCGUCCCUUCUUGUUGGCAGAUCAUGGGAGGCAGACAUGAUGGAUGACGUCAUGAAACUAUUAGCAGACGAUCUACCGAUGGAUCCGGGAGUUCCAGGCGGGAUGGUCGAAUAUAGACGGUCCCUGGCUCUCGGCUUCUUCUUUAAGUUUUUCAUAAUGGUGAACCAAGCGUUGGAAAAUACCGAGGGCAAGAUCUCUAGUGGCUCUGAAAUCAUGACCGCUACUCUUCACAGAGGUCAAUUCAAAAGCUCACAGCUUUACGAGGUUCCAACGAUGGACCAAUCGAUCUCGGAUCCGGUCGGACGGCCCAUGGUUCAUCAGUCAGCCUUAAUGCAGGCUACAGGAGAACUACGUUACAUAGACGACAUCCCCAAAUACACGGAUGAACUGUACCUGGGGCUUGUUCUCAGCAGUAAGACACACGCGACUAUUGUGUCAGUAGAUGAGAGCCAGGCAAUGAAGAUACCAGGCGUAGUGGCAUUUGUGGAUCACAGGGACGUACCAGGCAGCAACAAGACUGGCUCCAUCAUGAUAGAUGAAGAGAUUUUCGCGUCGCGCGAGAAGGUAGCGGCACGCGCCCUGGGUGUACCAGCUAACAGGAUUGUAUGCAAAGUGAAGCGAAUGGGGGGAGCAUUCGGGGGAAAAGAGACAAGGGCGAUCCUAGUAACUAACACCUGCGCCGUGGCGGCACACAAAGUGAAUCGGCCAGUAAGGAUUAUGCUAGACAGAGACGAAGACAUGCUCAUGACCGGUGGAAGACACCCUGUGUUGGCCAAAUACAAGGUGGGAUUCACAGAUGCGGGGAAGAUUCUGGCAUUGGACUGCACUGUCUACUUGAAUGGAGGCUGCAGUGCUGACCACUCGAUACUGAUACUCCAGAAAAUGUUAUUAAAUCUGGACAACUGUUAUAAAAUCGCUAACAUGAGAGUGGAGGGCUUCGUUUGCAGGACUAACCUUCCAUCGAACACGGCCUUCCGUGGGUUCGGUGCACCUCAGGGCAUCAUGGUCAUGGAGGUGUGCAUCACACAGGUCGCCGACACGCUGGGAAUCCCGCCGGAGCAGGUGAGAGAGAAGAAUUUCUACAAGGAAGGAGAUCUGACUCACUAUAAGCUACCUAUGGAGAACAUCACAGUGACUAGAUGUUGGCAGGAAUGUCAAACCAAGAGUGACCUUCAGCAACGGAUUGACGCCGUAAAGACAUUUAACGGGCAGCAUCGAUGGAGGAAGCGAGGAAUUAGUAUGAUAAGCGCGAAAUUGGGGAUAGCCUUUACAAACAAAUUUUGUAAUCAGGGUGGCGCUCUCGUGCUAAUAUACACGGAUGGGUCUGUGCUCAUAUCCCACGGUGGCACCGAGAUGGGACAAACUAAUUUUGUUUCUGACAUUGGGCUCCAGGUUGCAAGCAGAUGCCUGGACAUUCCUACAGACCGCAUCUUCAUCAGUGAGACUGCUACCGACAAAGUACCGAACACUAGCGCCACCGCUGGAAGCUUCAGCUCCGAUCUAAACGGAAUGGCGAUCAUGCGCGCCUGUGAGAUUUUACUUCACAGAUUGAAGCCGUAUAAAGAGGCAAAACCAAACGGAUGCUGGGACGAUUGGGUAUCCAUGGCAUACUUGGAUCGCGUCAGCUUAACAGCGUCAGGAUUCUAUGCACCUGACGUGAAAGGAAUGGACUGGGGCAAGGGCGAAGGUCAGCCAUUCCUGUACUACACCUACGGGGUGGCCUGCACCGAGGUAGAAAUAGACUGUCUGACAGGUGAUCAUCAGGUUCUACGAGCGGACAUUGUUGUAGACGUCGGCAAGAGUUUAAACCCUGCGAUAGACAUCGGACAAAUCGAAGGAGCGUUUAUGCAAGGCUAUGGUCUCGUCACACUGGAAGAACUGCGAUACUCGCCAGAAGGUUUGAUGUACACGCGCGGGCCUGGCAUGUACAAGAUCCCUGGUUUUACUGACAUUCCAGCGGAAUUUAACGUCUCUCUAUUGAGAGAUUCACCCAGCCCUAAUUAUAAAGCUGUUUACUCAUCCAAGGCGAUCGGAGAGCCACCGCUGUUGCUUGCCUCAUCUGUCUUCUUCGCUAUUAAAAAUGCGAUCGCGUCUGCGAGGAUGGAUGCCAAGCUUGCCGGCCACUUCCGGUUAGACUCUCCCGCGACGUCGGAGAGAAUUCGCAUGAGCUGCGUUGAUGAAUUCACUCGAAUGUUUCCACCAGCUGAACCAGGCUCAUUCAAACCGUGGGAGGUUAGGCCUUAGUGUGUGAGGCUCUCGUAGCUACGAACACUACAUAACCGAAGUCAAAAAUAGACCAAUUGGGAAAUAUGAACAACUAAAAAAUAAUAAAUAUGCAAAUGUAAUGUGUGGUUACUGAAUCCUCCCCUCCGAAAACGGUUGCGCCCAUUAAAUAAUUAUUAUUCGCUCAAUUUUAUUAGAUUGUUUGUUAGAUUGAUUUAGUUUUUAACAAUUUUAUUAGAUUAUUAGUUUAUUAGAUUGAUUCAAUUUUAUUAGAUUUUAUUAGAUUUAUUUAUUAGACCCACCAAUCCUAGAGCACGCUCCUACUGCAAGUAUAUCUUGCGUUUAUCUUGUUCCUGGGGCCGGUUGUCAGACACAAAAUUAGUCCUAACAGACCCAAUAGCCUUGCGUAUGUGUGUGUGUG